UGGUGAUAGGUGAAGGUUGUUGCAUCGGCCGUAUUAGAAGCCAGAGCUGGGCUAGGUCAGCUCCUUGCAGCUGCGGGCGGCUGAGCGAGCACGUGAAGCGGAGACCCCGGGAGCGCCCGCCAAGGAGGGAGGAUGGUAAACGUGUCAGCAGUGUGGCUGUUAGCCCUCUUCUUGCAGGCAGCGUGCUCGCAAACUACAAAUGUAAACCUUCCUCCUGAAGACCUGGACUCAUCUGGUGAUGAUGAUGAUGAUACUUUCUCUGGCUCUGGUUCUGGUCCCUUGACCAACCAUUCUGUGGCUGCCUGGAAUAUCCCCUUAGAACAUGCAAAUUCUUCAUCAAGGUCAACAAUGUCUACCGGAGCAACUGUUCACCAACCUGCAGUUGAUGGCACGGAAAAUCCAUCUGAAAAGGAAAUGGUAUCAUCAUCCCCCACUAGUGAUGUGGUGCCAGAUGAGGCUGUCUUUUCACUUAAGGAUGAAACUCACGAACUGGGCUCGGCUGUAGAGAAACCUACAACAAAUGAGGCAGUCAUAACAAGAAGUCCAACUACUCACAGUCUUACUGUCAGAGUAACCACUACACAAGCGUCAAGCACAGUCCAUGUAAUGGAACCUAGUAUCCAUAGUUCUAGUUCCUCUGGUGUCUCUAAAGAAACACUUGAUCCCAGCUUCACCACUAUUAGUGAGGAAGAUGCUCACUCUCCAACUACAACAAUUCUAACCAGGGGUAUAUACCCUAUAGAUGAUAGGGAAACUCCAUCUCCUGAAGAAGGCUCCGGGGAUCAGGGAGACUUUAUCUUUAGUGAAGAACGAACAAUACCAUCAGAAUCUGAACUGGCUGACUCUUCAAGAGAUGCUGAAGCUGCUGGAACUUCCCAGGGGUUAAUGGACAGGAAAGAAGUUCUAGGAGGUGUCAUUGCUGGAGGACUAGUAGGCCUGCUGUUUGCGGUAUUCCUAGUGGGAUUUAUGCUGUACAGAAUGAAGAAAAAAGAUGAAGGCAGCUAUUCAUUGGAUGAACCAAAACAAUCAAAUGGAGGAUACCAAAAACCACAGAAACAAGAAGAAUUCUAUGCAUAAACACAAGUCUUCAGAACACUUCCCCCUCUUUCUUGAACUCUUCUGUCCCUGCAUACAACCUGCUUGUGGUUUUUGUGCAUUAAACUCAAGCCGUACAAUCAUCAGAUAUAACCCUUGCCACUGGAAACUAACUAUAAAUUACAUCUGGAUUCCUGGAACCUAACCAGCUUUGUUGCACAAAUAUAGAUUCCACUUUUUUUAAAAAAAAGUGGAACAUGGGACUGCAAGCCACUAAACUUGCUUUGGCUUAUCUAAAGACUCCUGGGAGGGAAGGAGAUGAGGGAGAGCUGGAAUGUAUGUAUAUAAUUGACCUUUAGGAGAACAGCAAGAAUUAACACGAACAAGGCUUAAAUUAUCCAUGCUAAAGAUCCUUGUUAAACUCAUGGCCUCCACUGUGCGUAUCAUGUAUUAGAAAGUCUCUACUGCAUUUGACAAAGACCAACAGCUGGUAGCUCAUGGUUCUGGCACUCUUUCUAGUUGCCAUGAUCAUAGCACUUAAUAGUGGCCAUAAGAUGUCAACUGGAAAAAGGAGUGAAGGGGCAAGGCAAACAAGUAUUUGAUCACUGGGUUUGGGAUUUUUGUAACAGUUGGAUGAAUGUACUAUUAAAAUUAACCUAGAAUUUAAAUAGAUUGCUCCUUUGAGGUUAAACCAAGAAAUAUGACUUUUGGGAACAAACCAUAUCUAAACAAGGCACGUAAGUGCCAAGUCUAGUCUUACUGGCUCAAAUAUGAUGAAGUCAUUAUGAGAGAGACCUUACUGUGUUCUACACCAGUGUGGUACUCCGAUGGGCAACUGGUGCCAUAUCCUAGCUAUCUACCUCUCUGCAUUGUCAGUUUGUAGUGGUGACUUUGAACUAGGUCUGCCAUGAGUGCCAUCAUACCUUGUGUACUGUACAUGGCCCAUCAGGUACAAAAGACAGAGCAAACCAAGCAUCUCUGGCUUCUUGUACUGCCAGACCAGGGAGCAGAGAAGCAUAUUAACUAAACUGAUCCUUUCUUGCACCUUAGAAUGGUUGUGGUGUUGAUAGGCUCACACUAAUAUCUACUAUAUAAGUGCCUAGCUCUUUAACUUCUGACAUAAUUGGGUCUGAAUAUUAAUGUCUUCAGUUUUAGUGUAGAGUGGGUUUUAGCAAUGGAUAAUUGUCAUCGCCACAGCAUCACCCAGCUAGCCUAUGGUGCCAAGUCAUGAGUUGUUUACUGAUUAGAAUGGGCCUAAGAACAGGAACACUUCCCAAAAGUCUCUUGUUUGGAUGAAAGUACAGUUUUGUGAAUGGGUUUUUCAAAUAAAAUAGUCUUUAAUGUAAUAUACUAAGAGUAGAUGCAUUCAGUUGUAGCUUGUACAAUAUCAUUAACUUCAGUGUAUCUUACACAACAAAUUUAUAGGAACUUUGUUUGAAGGAAAUCUCAGUUUCAACACAGACCUUGCCUCUGCUUUGCCAGAUAGGGGUUUUUUGUUAGCCUGUUUCAAAUUGAUAACUUUUUCUGCUCAUAGUGAAGGUAUAGGGGAAGGAGAGUGUUUACGAUGUAAAUAUUUAUAUUGCCGAGCCAGAGGAAGUGAUCCAAGAACUCUUGCUGACCGAGGCAUGUGUUGCAUAUUCAAUUCAGUUUUUUAAUAACUUAAAUGAAUUGUAGAAGGUCCUUCCUGAAUUGCUAAUUGAGUAAAUUGGUGCCUUCUCAAUUUCUCAACAAAACCAAGAAAAUACUUGCUUCAUUCCAUCUCUGAACAAGAGAUUGCCUUGAUGUAGAAUGUAGCUGUAUGUUAACAUUCUUAAAGACAAAACUGAGAUGUCCAUUAUUGCCUUUAUUUUUACACUGAAUUUUUAUAAAUUAAUGCAACAGCCAGAUGGUGUUAAUUAUAACUGUAAUUCUUUGCUUUGUAUAGGAAUGUAGAAAUGCUGGUAAUAGGCUUUUCUAUGAGAAUUCUUCUCAUAAACCACAGGAAACUAUUUUUAAAAAAGGGGUAACUUCAGUUGUACUGCCAACCUUUCUACAGGCCAAGAAUAACUCUGUAUAUUUUGGUAAUCUAAAUGGAUAGCUGGAGUUAUUGACAUACAGAAAGUUUUUUGUAUUUAAGUGGUACAAAUUUAAUUUUAAUGGAAUAUACUUCAGUUGGUUAUCUGUACACAUGCAAUAAAUGGCAUUUUGGC